AGCGGCCGUGGCACCAACACCGCCUCGCCCGUGCCUCUCUUCAGCGGCGCCUCACACACACUCCCUCCCUGCCUCGCCGCCGCCCUCCUCGCUGCCAUGGUUUAAAGGAGACAGACAGACAAACCAAUCACGGGGAGGCAGGUAGACAGCGAUUGUGAAAGCUGGUGACUAUGGACGGUGCUGUCUGCCUACCACUCACCACAUGAAGAUCUGCCCACGAAGACCACUACCACCACCACCACCACCACUCAUCACCACCACCACCACUACCAUCACCUCCACCACCACCACUCUCCUGGCCGUCGUGGUGGUGGUGGUGGCGGUGACAGCAAGCGGUGGAUCAGGAGAAGAGAUCCGUGCACGGCCAACCUCCACCACCACCACCACCACUCAUAACAACACCACACACACCACCACCGCCACCACCACCACUGAUGCUACUGCUACGAGAGAUGCUUACCCCUUCAGUGCACGAAACACACCACAACCACCACCACCACCACACGAACGCGCACCCAUCACCACCAGUACCGCAAUCACAUCGGGCAUAGAAAAUGGAGCGGGGCCGCGAUACACUGGUGUCAGGAGUGGGAUACGGGAACCUAACGCCCCGACCUAUACUCCCGCUAACCCCACUUCGACCACACCUUCUACGGCGGUUCCUCGGGUGCUCUCAUGCCCCGAGGUACUGUGUAAGAUAACGCAGGUGACGGGGAAUGCAGGGGAAGGUCUGAAGGUCUCUUGCCAUGAUCAUCUGCACAUUACCUCCCUGAGUGACAUCUGGCCCCACUGCCUCAGCCCCGCUACGAAACACCUUGACUUGUCCGAGAGUGGCCUGACGCGCCUCUCACCUCACGUCCUGUCACACCUGCCCAACCUGGAGAAGCUGGACCUGAAGAAUAAUGGCAUAAGCAUCGUGGAGUCGUGGACCUUUGCUAACCUGACCAACUUGAGAAGAUUGGACCUGAGUAACAAUAACAUCAAAAGUCUCAACGCCUCCCAGCUAGCGGGACUGACGAGCCUCAAGAAGCUGAAGCUUGCCCGGAACCCUCUCUCGCGGCUCCAUGAAGGAAUACAUGAAGAACUGCCGACCCUAAGAGUCAUGGACCUGGCGCAGACGCAGCUGGUGUGUGACUGCGGGCUGACGUGGCUGGCGGAGGCGGUGCAGGAGAAGGUGAUCAAGGUCAACGGCGCCUCCAAGUGCUUCAGCCCCCGCUCCCUCAACAACACCCAGAUCAAGAAGCUCAAGCCGGAACAACUCCUCUGCCAUGGCCCGGGACUGUCUGUGGUGGAGCUGGAGCCCGGCCUAGACCAAGUGGUGUUCGCCGGGGACUCCCUUCGCCUGCGGUGCCGGGUGACCAGCGCGCAGGAGGAUCACCGCGUGUCGUGGUCCAGGGGCAACACACACCUGCUGCCCCGCAAGCCCUCGCCCCACAACCACACCUCCGCCACCGUCACCGGGUACCUGGACCAGUACCAGCAGCGGGGCGGGGCUGUUGUCAGGAACACCUACCUGCCUGAGGCCAUUGAAAGCCUGGUGGAGAUCGAGGAGCUGAACGGUACGCACAGCGGUGACUGGUCGUGCCUGGUGCAGGGCCAGCAGGGUAACCACACACGUACCGUCAGCAUCUACGUCAUCGCCCACGACACCAAGUACUGCCCCAUGAACGCCACAAAUGACAACAAAGGGUCCUACGUGUGGCCGAGGACCGUCGCCGGCGUGCGCGUGGAGCUCGCCUGCGCCGGCCUCGUCCCCCCACACCAGCGUGGCUCACACAAGUUCACCUCCAAGACAGCCACCACCACCUCCACCUCCUCCAUCACCGUAGGGAAGCACCAGCAACACCAACGGACACCACUCAACACCGCCUCUGCCCUGCGCUCACCCCGUCGGAGAGUCGCGGAACACACCUGCUCGGAGGAUGGUCGGUGGGAGACCCUCAACACCGCCACCUGUCCUUUUGUCUCGGAGACGACGAAGAUUCUUGAACAGUUUGCCCUGACGAAUGUUUUUGCGAGUAAGACGAACCUGGUGGACAGCGCUCGGUCGCUCCGGAACUUCACGCGGGAGGGGAAGAACCUGCAGGACCCAAUGGACGUGGUGUUCCUGGCCAAGACCGUGGAGCAGUACACCGGCCUCCUCACGACGCUCUCCGGCCCCAAGGAAACGGCCGACACGCUCAUCGACAUCAUCAGCGCCUCCAUGUCUGCCACUAAGGCACUCCUGGCCCAAGCAGAGGAAGUGGACAGGUCAUGCGCCCGGCUGGUGGGGUGUUUGUGGAAGGUGGCGUCACACUUCCCCUCCCUCCAGCAUGCCAAGGCCCCCCACCUGGAGAUGCACCAGUACUCCCGCCACCCCAGCACCUUCUCCGGCCGCACCUGCACCUGGUACCGACGCAGCGCACACUCCACCGAGCGACACUUCCGGUGCAACACUAAUAACUACUCCAAGUUGUACAGUAGCGACGACGAGAUCCUAGACGCCCAGAUCCAGGUACCCUCCAGCCUCUUCUCCCAUGGGCAGCCCUUCCUCCUCUCCUCCACCUCCCCUGCUCCCCCCAACACCACCGAGGAUGAACCUACCCCAUCCCCGCCACCCCAGAACCCCGUCCAACUCCAGUUCUUCGUCUACAACACCGCCAAGUUGUUCCCGAGAGUGGCUGAUCAGGGGGACGAUUUGGACUCGUGGGAGGUGACGAGUCCGGUGAUUGGGGUGCGGGCGAGCACUGCCGGACAGGAUGGAGGUGAGGGUGUGGCUGUGGAGGAUCCCGGGACGUUACUGGUGGAGGACAGUGUGUACGUGACGCUCCGCUCGGCCAUCUACAGCUACAGCAUCAAGCCGGUGUGGUGGCGGGCCAAUGCCUCGGCCGGUGGGCGAGGGGAGUGGACCAACGAUGGCUGCAAGAUCGUCAAGAUGCACAACUCGCUGGUGGUGUUCCGCUGUGACCGCCUGGCGCACUUUGGUCUCCUCCAGGAUAUGGCUGCGCGUUACCGGGGCCGGGGCGGGGCGGAGGAGGGGGCGGCAUUCAGACCCAGUGCUCCGGGGGUGUAUGUUGGUAGUGCCGUAUGUGCCGCCUUCCUCAUGGCCUCGAUUGCCACCUGGGCCGCACACCACAGCCGCAUCGCCACUGCCAGCAAGAACAAGCACUCCCUCCUCAAUACAUGGGUGGCGCUGCUCCUCCUGGUGGCACUCUUCACCGCCGGCGCCCACCAGACACACCACCGCCCACUGUGCCAGGGUGUCGGGGUGGCCCUGCACUACCUCACCACCUGCGUGCUGCUCUGGACCACUGUCACCGUCACCAACCUAUACAAGAAAGUGGCCAAGGCUCUCCGGCCCCCCGCUCCACCAGAAGAGGCCCCCCCGGAUGUCCCCCUGCCCCCCAAGCCCAUGCUGCGGUUCUAUUUGGUGGGUUGGGGUAUCGCGCUCAUCCUCUGUGGCAUCUCGGCAGCCGUCAACCUCCACCAGUACGCCGGUUACAGCUUCUGCUUCCUGGCUUGGGGGCCGAGUCUGGGCGCGUUUGUGGCCCCGACGGCCGCCCUCACACUCAUCCUGGCCACCUUCUUCCUCCUCACCCACUGCUCCCUCAGGUCGCUGCGUGCUGCCUACCCUGCCACGGCAGCCGCCACUGCCGAGACCACUGAGCUGGAGCUGCUGGAUGCUGCAUCGCCGGGGUCCGAGGCGGUGGGUGGCGGUGCAGCGGCAGAGGAGGUGAGUCUUGCAUCGCGGGACACAGCAGCCAGCGUGACGGACGGCCAGCACAGUCCCCUGACACAGCUGCGUGCGCAUGCUGUCACGCUGCUGCUGUUUGGCCUCACGUGGACGGCGGCGGCCAUCACCACGGCGGCGCCCUUCCAGGAGGUCAUCCCGCACCACACCGCCGUCUUCAGUGCCAUCUACGCCAUCUGCGCCUCCAGCCUCGGCAUCUUCAUCUUCGUGUUCUUCUGUCUAAGUCGCGGUGAUGUGUGGGAGGCGUGGCGGGGCUGGCGGUGGGGCGGGCUGCUGCCGCGGCGGGACAGGAAGGAGGAGGAGGAGGUGCGCCUCACCUCGGCGCUGGCCAACAACACCACGGUGGCAGCGCAGAACAACCAGCCCGGCGCGCGGUCCAGCGAAGUGCGCGGCCCCCGCGAUGCACCCUCCACGCACAGCCUGGAGUCCUCGCAGACCCACAACACCAACAAGUCCUCGUCCGUGUCCCAGAGCAUCCUCACCUCCACUAAGGGCGAGGGCGUGGUGGUGGCCAAGACCGCCAACAACCUGCAGCUGCUGAGCCUCGGCGCCAUGACCAACGACCUGCACUAUGCCCCGGAGAUCUUCUACAACCCCAAGCAGGCCGGCGUGGCCAAGCGGUUCUUCCAGAAGCAGCGGCUGCGCCAGAUGGUGAAGCAGAAUAACCUGGAGGUGAACCGCACCGACAGCGACUGUAACUCCACCGUGUACCGCCCCAAGAUGUCGCGGCCCCUCAACACCGAGAUCAAAACCCAUAACGCCUUCGACCCUGCCUGCCUCGGGGCGUCCAGCAAGGUGAACAACACCAACAUCCACGUGGACGGAGUCUUCAACUACAUGGGCGGCGAGAUGCGGCAAGGCAGCAGCAAGCAGGCCAGCAAGGACCCCACGCCCGAGGUGCUGUGCGUGCUGGGCCCCGCGCCGGACCUGUACCCGGUGGGGCGGGGCGGCGAGGGGGAGCGGGGCUGGUCCACCAUUCCUCGCAAGCCCCGGGCCUUCAUGGAGGAGCCUCUCAGCCCCCUGCGGCGCGGCGGCUCCUUCCCCAGCAUCACGGAAGAGGGCGGGAGUCGGGGUGACUCCCGCGCCCCCAGCCAGACCUCCACCCUGGACCAGCCCCCUUACCCUCCCCCCGAGCCCCCGCCCCAGCAGCAUCCCCGCCUCUACAGCUUCCCGCCCCCCGGGCCGGGCCCCCACUACCACCACCACCAUCACAUGCAGGGCACUGAGGACGAGCCGCCGUCUCGCAAGGCGCGGGGAGCCUUCACUCCUGAGCAGGGCGAGCGACCUGACCCCGCCAGCGAGCACCCUCGCCCCGGCCGCCCCAACCGCUAUAGGCCGGGGCGGGAGCGGCCCCGCCCUGGCAGGAACAAACGGCGGCCGAUGAGGGUUCGCGGCGGGGGCGUGGGCGGGGUAGGGGCCGGCGAGGGGCGGGAGGAAUGGACGGAUGACAACUCUCCGCCCGUCAUCAUCAAUCUGUCGCCGGGGGACGCCGGCCGCUCCUCGGGCUCUGACAAGGACGCCGUCGGCCAUCAGUUUAUGCCCUUCCCCGUCCACGCCCGCUCUGCCACGCCCCCGGGGGCCCCGCGGGGCAUGUUGGACCAGCGGGCACACCCCCAGGACCCCGCCACCCUUAUGUGUAUGGACCUGACGUGGCCACACGUCAUGGCCUCAACUAUGGCCCCCGACCACUCGGGGCGGGGCAGGUCCGACCCCGCAGCCUGCCAGUGUCUGCACGGAUUCCCGCCGGGGCUGGAGGGCCCUACGGGGCUGGGCGUGUGCUGCGAGGCGGAGGAUGCGGGCGCGGCAAGCUGGGACAGUGAGGGGGGCGAAGGGUACUGGUGCGCGGGGGGCGGGGAGCAGCGGGCCAGCGCCUGUGAGGUGAGCGGCUGUGACGCCUCCAGCCUGUGUGGCGGCGGCCUCUCCGGCAGCAGCAGCAGUGGCAGCAGCAGUGGCAGCUGUGGCGGCGGCGGCGGCGAGGCCAGCGAGGGGGGCAGCGUGGACCCGGCGGUGGGCACGAGUCCCCGCGGCAGCGUCAACAUCUCCGACUCGCCCUACGACUCGCCGCUGCACCGCCUGCACCAGAACACGCCGGACAGCGGCUCGCUAGACUCGGGGCUCCUCAGCUCCCCCGGCAGGCCCCCGCCAGUCCACGGGGCGGCCCCGGGACCCCUACAGGGUGAGGCCACCACCAGCGCCGAGUCCCUCAACCUGCCCCGGGACCCCCCCACCCCCUCCCCCCCGGCCUGCUACCUCACCAACAGUUCGGCGGAGACGGUGCUGCGGCGGAGCGACCACGGCGGGGCGGACAGCGACGAGGGCACGGGGCGGGGCGACGAGGGCAUGCCGGGGGCGGGGGAGGGGAAGGGCGCGGCCAGGAUGAAGGGGCAGGAGAACGGGCAGCGGGGGAGUGACGGGGAGCUGGAGGAGGAGCCGGAAGCCAACCCCAAGCGGGAGACCUGUGUGUAGGGACCCCGCCCCGCCCCGCCCCGCAACCCCGCUCAACCCCAUCCUCCUGUCCCGUAACUGCCCCGCCACCCUUACCUGUAUUUAUUGACGCUUACCUGCCCCGCCCCGCCUCGUCCCAUCUAAUCCCAGUGAGACUGACAACAGUCGGCGCCCCUGCCCUCACCUCGCCCUCUCUCCCUCCCUCCCUCCUCUCUUCCUCUCCUCUCCUCUCCCCCUCACACACCAGUAGGCCAGUCACCCCCUCCCCCUACUCCAUAGUCCCCCCCCUCCCCAACCUUAUCACUUCACCCUUCACCCCUCUCUUCCCCCCCUCGUCACGCCCCUCCCCCCUCACGGGUCUCAUUUCCGCCUCAUAGGAACACACACACACACACACACACACACACGCACACACACACACACACACACACACACACACACACACACACACAUAUUACUGAACAAAUUGACCAAAAAUUAUCAUUAUUAUUAUCAUUAUCGAGGAAAUAUUUUUGUAUGGAAAGCUUAUAAACAUCAUAACUAUUUUCCUCGUAAAAGAUUCAUUAUUUCCUUUUUUUCUGUUGACUAAAAAGAAAAAAAAAACUAAACACGAACAGAAACUUAAGCAACACUUCAAGAAACACAAAAAUAAAUUAAUACUGAACCCUUUUUUUUAUCAAGACGUCAUGCCUCCCCGUCAAGAUGUAAAUAUAUAUCAUAAUAAUAAUAAUAAUAAUAAUAAUAAUAAUAAUAAAAGGCAAAAACUCCACUAUUACUAAUUAUUACUAUUAUUAUAUAAACGAAAUACUAAAUAAACAAAAGAUCUAUUAUAUAUAUUGUCUAUAAAACACAAGGAUGAACAAAACAACUGCGCAGCGCCGGCCUGUGACCCUGCUUAUAACAAUGCUCACUAGAUGGCAACACUCGUUCUUUUACCUCCUUAUCGUGACAGCAUGAAAUGGAGAGAUUUGGCAUUAGUUUUUCGGUAAUUACUAGUCACCUAUAACCUUUUAAUGACGAAAAUGUAUUGGAUUGUAUUCUUUAUCGAUUGUAGGUGAAAAAAAUAUUAAUAGGACGUGUUUCCAUAUAGCCUAAAGAAAUAGCGUCGACGAAACUGUUGCCAAUUCGCGAUCAUUCUUUACGCAGAGUCACCGGCGCGGACCACUAUCAUACUACUUUACUAUUGUCAACUAUUUUUACCACCACCACUACCACCACUACUCCCCACCACCCACCACCACCACCACACCUAACACCACCUUGAGUCUUAAUUACCAACACCAUAACCCCUCCCGCAGCAGGAUAACCAUGGACGGGGACUGUUUGGGGCAGCGACACACAGAGGGCAGCACUGUGAACCCACCCAGAGCCUAAGUCGGUAUUCUUCAACGCUUUCAACUCUCGCAUCAGUUAAUUCUAAAGUCCAAAAAAGAGGUUAUAUUCUUUCUCAUGAGUAUUGUUUCACGUUCAGAGUAUAGAAGCCUUGCCAGACUACCACCAGGGUCAGAAAACUACCUAUGGAAAAGCCUGGAAGCCCUACGAAAGCCUUGUCAAAUGUGUGCGCUUGAGCGAAGAGAUGUUCGAUAAUAUUGGCUCAUAGAAUAGAAGGAAUAGAAGAAUUUGGCAACCUUCAUCUCAGGCGCCAUGUUUCUACCAAAUCAAUGCGCGAAAUUCAUAUUGCUACUGAUAUAUUUUUUUUUGUGUGUGCUUCUGGUAUAGUAACGAUCCAGAAGAAUUAAGUAUAGCACAAAAACAAAACUAUAUUAUCAGAAUCAAUUUGAAUUUCCCGCGGUUCUUUUGGUGGCAACAUGGCGCUUAUGGUAAGAUUGGCAAAGUUCUCGUAUUCCAUGGCUCUGAUAAUCGUGUUUUGGAGGAGUUAUCGUACACUUGGAAACGCUAGAGGGAGGGUUGUAUUAGGCUACGGUGCUGCCCCCUAGCGUGAAGUGGUCCAAAUAGUUUCCUUUUUUUAACCUAUUCUUCGUUUUUCUUCCCUUGGAGUGGAGUCAAGAUGCAUUUCAAGGCAGCCAGUCAGUAUUUAAGUCUCCUUAGGGCAUUUUAGAAGCCUGUGUUCGUUUGUUUGUUUGUUUUUAUAUAUAUUGAUGUGUGUGCAAUUUUUUCCGUGUGUGGAUUUUUUAUUUUGUAUUUUUGAAUCGCGUGUUUGUGUUUUUUCUAUUAUAAAGUGCAGAGGUAUUGUUGUUAUCAUUAUUGUACGCCUGAUAUAUUUAUUCUUUUUUACCUUUCAUUCUCUUUCUUUGUUUCUUUCUCGUAGUGUUUUGUAGAACGUGUGACAAGUCUAUUUCGCGUAGUUUCUCUCUCUCUCUCUCUCUCUCUCUCUCUCUCUCUCUCUCUCUCUCUCUCUCUAAGUAAUUCUCAAGGUUGUAAUGUUUUCUUUGCCUUUCUUUCUCUUUUUUCUCUUCUUAUUUCCUUCCUUCCUUUCCAUUUCUUCCUCUCCCUUCUCUUUUAUUACUUUUUUUUCCCUUCCUUUCUCCUCCCUCUGUUUUCCUCUCCUUUCCUUUCCUUUCCUUUAUUUUCGUUUCCUUUCUUCCUACCUACCUCUAUCUAUACCUACAAUCCCUUUCCUUUCCCUUCCUUCCUUCCUUUUCCUUCCUUCCUUCCUUCCAUGUUAUUAGUACACACUAGGGCAUUACUGAUACUUUUUUUCAUAUAGUCUAGAACAGAAUGCUUAUAAUAAAACCUUCCUUCCUUCCUUUCCUUUCCCUCCUUCCCUUCCUUCCUUCCUUCGUUAGUUUUCCUCCUCAUAGUUUUAAUAGAGUUUUUCGAGUCGUGUGUGUGUGUGUUUUUUGGCAGUCUAAUAAUAAUAAAAAAAUAACCCAGAGAGAGACUUUUUCGCUCUCUCUUAUUAGUCUAUACAUAAUCCAUUACCUUAGAUAGUCAUGUUUUUUCUUUACCUUUUUUCUUCUUCUUUUUAUAACUAUUUUUUGUCUCGUGUUUGUACAUAGAUCAUCGCUCGCGUGUGUGUGGGUCUGGUUUAUAAGGACGAUGUGUACAAUGAAUGUGAGUUUUAA